AUGAGGAAUGAUCUAGCUUUUGAAAGAGGUCGACGUGUCUGCCUCAUAGUUGGGAAGGGGUUGGCACAUCCAUGGAUGGUGUCUUCAAGGUUGGCGUCUUUCUUCUUGGCAAGAAAGAAAAAUACAUCACAAAGUUUAUUUGCUGCUGCUGUCGGGAUAAAACAGAAGAUAAAUGUGGAUAACAUGGUCUCGAAGUUCUUAGAAAAUGAGUUUGUGGUGAUGCUUUUCCAUUAUGAUGGUAUUGUUGAUGAAUGGAAGAAUUUUGGGUGGAGCAGUAAGGUGAUACAUGUAUCUGUUGAUAAUCAAACUAAAUGGUGGUUUGCAAAGCGAUUCUUACAUCCAGAUAUUGUGGCAGAGUACGAAUAUAUUUUCUUGUGGGAUGAAGACCUUGGUGUUGAAAACUUUCACCCACAAAGAUAUCUAUCCAUAGUGAAGGAUGAAGGGUUUGAGAUAUCACAACCAGCACUUGAUUCAAGAGUAUCUGAGGUGCAUCAUCUCAUAACAGCACGAUGGAGGAGUUCAAAGGUCCACACAAGGGCUUAUAAAUCCGACGGUAAGGGCGUUCAGUGUGAUGAUACCAGUUCAGGACCUCCUUGCACAGGGUGGAUAGAAGUGAUGGCUCCUGUAUUUUCUAGAGCUACAUGGCGUUGUGUGUGGCACAUGAUCCAGAAUGAUUUGAUCCAUGCUUGGGGACUGGAUAUAAGACUUGGUUAUUGCGCACAGGGAGAUCGAACUAAAAGAAUUGGAGUAGUCGAUGCUGAAUACGUUGUUCAUUAUGGUCUCCCAACUUUAGGGGAACCUCACAAGGAGCCAUCCGACAGCCAUGCAGUGAACCAAAGAAUUAAAGUGAGAAGGCAAUCGUACAAUGAGUACAAGGUGUUCAAAAGACGAUGGAAGAGAGCUGAAGAGGAGGACGAGUGCUGGACCGAUCAAUAUCCUGAUGACCUCCAACAACUCAACCACACGCCAACUUGGCCUAAUAUAUGA